AUGCGUCUUCUCAUUCUGCUCGCACUCGUUUGUGCUCCAUUCUGCGCUGGCAAUCAGUUUUGGCUCAGUGUGGAAGUGGAGCAGAUCGACUGGACCGACGGCUGUCUGACGACUGCGCUGUGCUCGCAUCCCAGGUUCCAACUCAUCAAGGAUCUUCUGCCGGUCAACGAGAAAGUCACCAUGAACUGGCCGAUUGUGGAACACUUCGAUAAGGUGAGUUGCCACGUGUCCAGGUUCUCACCACGACCACGUUCUCAUGCUCUCUUUCUCUCGCGAUCAUCCGAAUAUCCGUCAGUAUCCAUCAAAUGUGUCAAGGGGGGAAGACGGAUUUACGUAACUGUAAUUAGCGCGCGCAUGCCUUUUCGCCUCGCCGCCUUCCCCCGAUUACGAUUACGCAAGAUGGACCUUCAUCUACCUGCGAAAGCUUUUUUUCUGUUGUCUCUGUGACGUCAUCGCUCACUAAACCCGCCAAUUUUCAGGAAUCGCACCGUCCAUUCGUCUCUUACUGGCCCUCGGGACGGACCGAGGAUAUCUCAAUGUCUGCUCAGGUCGUCGGAACGGACAGAACGUACGGAUUUCCCAGAAUUUGCGACCAAUCGCCGUCUGUUCGCAUUUUCCCAGAAGAGCACAAAAAGGUGAGUUCGAAUCGAAAUGAUUUCCAUCUUUACGGGCCUUCUAAAUCUGCAAUGUCACUCCGUUGCCAUAAAACAAAUAAAACGUGGCAGAUAUGGACAUUGUUUUAGCGGCUACUCAUAGAGUGAGUCAAUACGCAAAAAGGCAAACGGUUUAAAAGUGUGAACCGAUUGCCACGUCACGUAGAGAGCACACACAGCACAUGAGCAAACACUGGCAAUGCCACGUCAUCAGAAGAGAAAAGAAUGACCAUUUCAGAUAAUCGCCCAUCUGGAAAAGGAGAAACCAACCGGAAAGCCUCCGGUCGAUUCGCUCAAAAUCAAAGUGAAAGGAAAGUGUUUCAAUGCGACGAUGACCGUGGUGAAGCACACGGAACGGUGCCCGUGGUGUCCCGAUCCGAAGGAAAUCACAGUAAUCGGCCAGGAGCCGGGAAGCGAAGCCACUGGACUGAGAGCCGGCUCGGCCGCGUGGCUCUUCGGCUCUCCAUCCUCUUUGAUCUCCGACGAUCGCAUCGUUCACAUCGGAGUUCUCGUUCUGGCGAUCGUCGCCGUCGUCGCUUCCACUGCCUUCGCCAUCAUUCUGGUGAUGUACCUGAGGAACAAGAGACUGGUCAAGGAGACCCUCAAGAAGCCACGCUUCCAUCCGUACAUUUCUGUGAAAGGGCAUGAAGUUGCUGAUGACAACAACAGGUACUGUCUCCAUUCUAAAGUACAGACUUUUAUUUCCCCUUUUCCAGAUACGAUCUGCCUUGGGAACAACAGAACCGUCCCCUGACCUACUGGAUGACUUCCUCCAACAAAUCUUCCGAGUCCACAAUGACUUCCCCGCUCGAUUCGGCUUCAUCCCUUCACGGCGGUCAUCAGAAUCCGAACCACGCGCUCUUCAACUCUCACCAUCAGAAUGCACACCCGGAUAUGUACCAUUCCACGUACACCCGCGACGGAUACCAGACGUACCGUCCGCCUCCGCCAUCCGGCCAUCCUCCGAUCUUCCCUCCACAAACACAACUGUUCCACCCGCCCACGUACUCCACACAGCGCCACGUCACCUCUCCGAACUCCUCGCGGAACGAUGACUCUGGCCUGGAAUCCGUGUGA